CAACAUUUCAAUCGCUAGAAAAAAAAAGUUCACGUUCAUCUUAAGCCAGCCAACCAAUAAACCAGUAUAUUUUGACUUUCAACCACAACAAUGGUCAAAAGUAAGCUCAAGCUCGCCCUUGCGGCAGAAAAGGGAGUCGAUUUCAAGAAGUUGAAAGAAAAGAAGAAGUAUAAGGAAAGAGUAAAGAAGAGUCAAGGAAAGCAAGGAAAGUCUAGUGGGGCACCCAAGCAUAAUAACGUCGAAGACGAUGAAGAUGAGGAGGAUGAUGAUUGGGAAGGCGUCAAUGAAGAUGAAGAAGAAGAUGCUGCUGGUGUCUCACUAAUAGACAACGAGGCUGAAGAAGACGAGGACGAAGACGAGGACGAAGACGAGGACGAAGAACUUCCAAUCGACUACGAAGGAGUGGAUGAAAGCGACGACUCAGAUUCCUCGAUAGAACUCGAGAAAAAGAUUGAGCGCCCAAAAAAAAACAUCCUCAAAGCCAAGAAUGCGCCUGCCACUAAACCUAACAAAAAACAAAAGGCGAACGUCGAGAGUGACGAAGAAGAAGAGGACGAUGAGGAUGAGGAAGACGAGGAGGACAUACCCAUGUCCGACCUAGAAGACUUGGAAGAUGAAGACAAGGAAGAUCUAGUCCCGCAUUCCCGCCUCACCAUCAACAACACUACAGCCCUUCUCGCCUCGCUAAGCCGCAUAGCCAUACCCACCGACAAAUCAGUGCCGUUCUUGACGCACCAAACCAUUGUCAGCGUGGAGCCUACGGCCGACAGCAUCGAGGACAUCCAGGACGACCUCAAGCGAGAACUCGCCUUCUACGCACAGAGUCUCGACGCCGCGAAGCGCGCGCGCGCCCUUCUCAAGGCCGAAGGCGUGCCGUUCUCCCGGCCCACCGACUACUUCGCCGAGAUGCUCAAGGACGACGGACACAUGGAGAAGGUGAAGGCGAAGCUCGUCGAGGAGGCCAGCAGCAAGAAGGCCUCCAGCGAGGCCCGCAAGCAGCGCGACCUCAAGAAAUUCGGAAAGCAGGUCCAGGUCGCCAAGCUCCAGGAGCGUCAGAAGAGCAAGCGCGAUACUCUCGAUAAGAUCAAGACCCUCAAGAGAAAACGCCAAGAAACCGGCGGUGGCGACGUAGGCGCCAACGAAGCCGACCUCUUCGACGUCGGCAUCGACAGCGAGCUGAACAAGCACGCUACCCAGCGUGCCUUCGCGCGCGGCAAGGACGGUGAGCGCACCGGCGCCCCCUCCGCCAACGCCAAGCGCCAGAAGAAGGACGACCGCUACGGCUUCGGCGGCAAGAAGCGCCACAUCAAGUCCGGCGACGCCGAGAGCUCCGGCGAUCUCAGCUCCUUCAACGCGAGGCGCAUGAAGGCUGGUAUUGGCGGUCGGGGCGGCGGCCGGGGCGGUGCUGGUGGUCGUGGCGGUGCUGGGCGCGGUGGGGCUGGUAGAGGCGGUACUCGUGGUGGCUUUGGUGGUGGAGGGAGAGGUGGCGCAAAGCCUAGGUUGGGCAAGAGUCGGAGACAGGCUGGGAACUAACUUAUGUGGUAAUGGGUCGGUAAUACAGCUCUAGGUUGUUGGCUUUAUACUCUAUAGGAUGUAUACCUAGGUGCUUGUAGGAAAGACAGAAAAGGAAAAGGGAGAGGAAGUAUGAACAUGAGAUACCAAUCAAUACAUAACCCUCAUAUUCUAUUUACCUACCACCUGAUGUACGAAGUAGG